AUGAGUAACAAGAAAGAAGAAAUUACUCAUCUAGAGACAAUAAGAAAUAUUCGAAGUGAAGCUAUUGAGGCAACAAAGAAAUACUUAGAGAAUUACGUAGGAAAAGCAGCCCUGAAAAAUCCUGGCUUACAUUCUAUUUUUGAAAGCACCUUAAAACUUGGUGAAGGCGAGCCCCAUGCUCGUAUUAUUCGGAAAAAUACAUGCAUAAUGUCCCGAAGUGCAAUAAUAAUGGACAUUGGCAACUUAUACGCUAAAGUUGGUUUUGCUGAAGAAGCAACACCCCGUUUUGUGUGCACAUCACCCUUUAUAAACUUGCAGAAAGAUUUAAAUUAUUUUCGGUUAAGUGACGACAUUAGAGAGCACACCAUAAGGGUAUGCCUUAUUAGAUUCUUUAAUGUAAUCUAUCAACAAUAUUUGCUCACGGACAGCAGGCAGAGACCUGUUGUCCUUCUCCAAAAUAUUUAUAGCGGGAUUGUUGGCUCAGUGCCCUAUAAAAGUGUGUUAAGCGUUUUGUUUAAGCAUUUUAAGGUGCCUUCUAUUUCUUUAGUUUGUACUCAGUUAGCUUGUCUUUUUACAAAGAGCCCCCUUGUCUACUGUUUAAAAACCGUAAAAGGGGAGAAAUUAAGAAAUGAAAAGGAGUCCAUUUUUAAAAAGGUAAAUCAAAUUUUUCUUGUUGUAGAUCUAGGUUAUCUUGAGUGUCGGAUCCUCCCUGUAGCAUAUGCAACUCCUCUUACUUCAGCAUUACAGAUCUCAAGCUGCUUAGGCGGGAAGUUUAUAGAUGGCAUGUAUAAAAGCUACAUUAAAAAAGAUAUGGGGCUGGCCGAGUUUGCUACGAAUUGCUUACUAGAAGGCCACAACCUUCUAAACGAUGAGGAAUAUUUAAACUUGCCGGAAUUAAUUUUAGAAAGUGUGCUAACCUCACCAAUUGACCUACGCGCUCUGCUGUUGAGUAAUAUAGUACUUUGUGGAGGAAACUGUUCCUAUCCCAACUUCUCCCAAAGUUUGUUGACUAAACUUCGAGAAACGAUAAACUCUCAGGAAAAUAAGUAUUAUCGGCUAAAAGCAUUAGCAGGCGGUGUUUCCCUUUCAAAAAACGUUAAAGGGGCCAUAUUGCCCAUCUUUAUGCCCUGGACAGGAGCGAGUAUAUAUGGUACUUUGAACGAACUAUUAAAAAAAAAGGGAUUGUCGAAAGAAGAUUUCCUCAAUGGAACUCUGGACAAAGAAGAGCUCGAUGCAGUUGCUAUAUAUUAUUAA